AUGUGUGUUCAUGAGGAUCAUGGGGUCAAAGGUUAUCUUCAAACUGGUUUCAAACUCUUUCCUAGUAGCAAGCAGAGAUCUUCCACCAAUUCAAACAGAGAGAACGGUUCUAACAACAGUGCGUCGUCGGCAGCUGCCCAAUCAGAGCCAAGAAGGCAGCUGAAGACACUGGAGUUAACUCCACCAGACUUCAAAGUUGACAGACAGAUCCUCAUCGAUAGCUAUCUAGAUAUCGAAGUCAAGUUUUUAGGCCAACUUGAAGACAUCCCAUUUGAAAUAGACCCUACCAAGAGAACGGAAAUACUCAGGAACAUUGAUACAGCAAGGAAAAAUAAAAUUUUACCAUGGAACAGUCACUCCAGUCGCUACGACGCCAUCAUUCGUCUGUCUGCAAGACAAAUCAAUGUUUUACGAAAAGACGAGACAUCUCUAGUUCGUGCCUUCAUUCACAAUAUUGUCUCAGUCAGCUAUGUACGAGAUGAUGCUCAACAUCUUGUCAUCAUGAAAACAGCUACGGAAAGUCAACAAGAAAAAUGUGAGCUUGUCGUAUGGGAAUGUCCUUCUAAGGAAAAAUCAGAAGAGAUCUGCGCUAUAGUCCAGCAGAUCUUUGAAGUAGUGUACACUGAAAUGACCAUGAAACAAUUUGAUCUCUCACUCAUGCAAGCCGUUAAAGACUAUUCAAUAGGUAGAUCCACAGUAAGUCACCAAAGACCUCCCUUGCCUGGCCUGUAUAGUCAACCAGAUACAAGCAGUGAGGCCGUCCCAUAUUCAGGGGCAAAUCCCAACUCAAAUAGUGCAGAAAUCAUCAGUGUCACAGCUAAAGUAUUGUUACAAGAAUACAUUGAAGAGCUGAGAAGUAAACUAAGUGGUGAAGAGCUGCAGCAGUUUGCGUCCAUUUUAAAAGACUAUCGGCAAAUGGGUUCAAUAGAGAAUUUCUGUACCAGUUUACAAAGGUUAUAUGGCCCAGACAGAAAGACAUUAUUUCCAGGGAUGCGUAUGUGCCUGAUCAGCGACCACCACAGAUCCUUCUUCGACAGCUACAUGCUAGCCAACGACAUCGAGGACCCCUAUGGGAGCCGCAGUCGUGCCUCCAUUGGGAAUAUCAGCGAUGACGCCGAUUCCACUAUCAGUGGAAACUCAGGUCCAUUCACCCGGUCUUUGCUCUCUGCUAUGGGCACUAUUGAACCUGUCUCUCCUACGUUGUGAUGAAUGAAUAUUCAUGAGCUUCAAUCUAUGUUGAAUGAACAUUUAAAUUAGAUGAAUAUUUAUUAGUCUCAUGAUGAUAACGAUGAAGAUGCUGCUUACAUAAAUGUGAUUUAUAACUGAUUGUUACUUGAAGUACAACUGUAUAUAAAGAUCAAGAGCUGUAAUUUUUUUAUUUCAGUGAAAUAUUUAUUUAAUAUAAUUCAUUUCUUAUUUUUCAAAUUCAUUAGCUUUUAUUUGCUUCAUUUGAAUUUUCAUCUGACUUCAUAUUCAUGGAUUCAGUGAGAAGUGAUAGUUUUCCAUUGAAGGCUGAUUUGCAUAGUAUCAUUAUGUGCAUGUUUGUAUUCAUACUGUACGCCUCCAAAUUACAGAAAUCUAACUGAUCAUUUUAUUAUGAACUAACUUGCAUGUAAGACAAGCCCAUCCCUCGUCUAAUGAAUAUUCAACUGCUUUCAUGUUCACGUUAUGUGAAUUACAUUGAUUCAGCUGUUAAACAGUAAUAGCAAGAACAGAAAAAAAUACAAAUUUCACCUGAUUACAUAUAUGUCCUCUUGGGUUGCAAGAAAGCUAGAGUAAAUAGCGCCAUCUUUUGUCAAUGUAUGCACAAUUUUUCUUGGUGGAUAUUCUGUCUUUUUUUUCCAUCCAUAGCUCAAAGUAUUUCAGGUCUAUGAUAUAUUGUGUAUAUCCUCACAGCCCUUAUGAGGAUUUUGUUAACCCAUUGACAACUGGAACCGGGUUAUACCUGUACAAAGUAUAUGGGAAUAACAGAAUUAAGUAUUCAACGGGUUAAUAGGUUUCUAUUUCACUGUUUGUGUAGCAUUUGAUUUGUGUUUAUUCAUUCCGUUGUAGUUGACUGGAACCCCCCCCCUCCCUUUGUCUUCUUCACUACUUAUAGUGAAUGGAUGAAUUAAACUUUAGCCAAAAUUGAAAGUUUGUGAUUAUCUCAUGACAGUGAUAGGCGUAUGUAUUGGCCUACACAAUUUUUGCUAUUCUGAUCAAAGUUGCUUCAGUCUUUGUUACAACUUUGUUGUAAUGUAUACACACAUUUGAUGUAUCCUGAAGAUACUGUGUAUUUAUGAGAUCAUAAUCAGCAAAUAUUUCCCUUUUAUGACUAGAUGUAAUUACAGGGGGAAAAAUAACAGGAGCUCUGGGGUGAUUUUGCCGCUGAAAUGCUAAAAAAAGCCCUGGAAAAAAUCGAAAUCCCCCAUUCACUGCACAAAUAAAGUGUAUCCAAUUUAGCAGAUUUAGGCAAUUGGUUGUGACAAGCAAAAAAAAAAUUAUAUAUACAUUUUUAUAAUUUUUUUGGGGCUGCAACUGAACACAUAUACCAACAGAAAUACAGUUGCUUGGGUACCCUAAAAUUGGUCUUUCAACUUGGCAUUGAUCUUUGACCUAAUUUGACUUUUAAUCUGAAGUUUAAAACCAGUUUCAGUCUGGUACUUUGUGAGACUUAAACUCAAAUACAUGACCUGGUGAUUUGUUUUUCAGAAAGAGUUCAGAGUUGGUUCUUCCUGUGAACAAUAGCAUUCCUAUUUUUUUUUAAAUAUCUGUAAUAAUUUCUAUAGGUCAGAUGACCUGUUUAAAAAAAUAUUGAUAUCUAUAGGAAGAAGUUUUUUAAAAUCUGAUGGCAAUUUGAUUUUUGAUCUAUCUGAAACCUUAAAUUAUUAUUAUACCCGACAGUUGCGCAAUUGUAGUAAACACAAAUUGUUGCAUAAUUGCCUGAUGUUGGUAUUUUUCAUUUUAGUCCGCACGUUGAUUAUAAAAACAUUGGUAUUUUUUAACCAUGGAUCUUGAAGCAUCGACACAUUUUGUUUAAAAAAAACCAAACAGAACAGUAAGCCACCUUUUGAAAUGGAUAUGUGUGCAGAGAAAAGGUUCAAAACUUUUAUCUUAAUCAAAUAUUUAUAAUCUAGAUUUCAGUACGGUUCCAUUUUAAAGAAAAUUUUAUUGAUGUUUUAAAAUUGUAGUCUUAUGUUUUGCUACACAGAUUUAGUUAGCGUAGGUAAUUUUACUAGCCAAGAGAAAGAGCGUGUAUUCAAGUGUUGACAAAGUAAAUAUUUUACUUUGCAUUUUACUAUUCACUUCUAAGUAAUUUACUUUACAAAGCCUAAUUUAAGCAAAUAUUCCUGACAACUAUUGACAUCAUGAAAGUCUAUAAAACCAAAUAAUGUGAAUUGAAUGUUUCCACCUGCAUGCACCAGAUGACUUGGUAUGACUGCGCGUAUGUACAUAACUUGUGAACUGCACACAAGCCAUACUUAGUCCAGGUAGAGGCUGACUGAAGCAAAAUUCUCCAAACCCAAAAGAAAUAUAUUAAUUGCAAAGAUGGAUAGGUAUUCUACAUUAUAUACAGAGUAAAAUACUUACAUGUUAGCCAGAAUUUUAAGUAUUUUACUCUGUAUUUAAAAUACUUAACCAUCUAUGGUAUUCAAUGGCAUGUUUUGGCUAUUAAAAGUAUUUUGCUUUAAAGUCAGCUGCCUACCCGGCUUAACUCUGGCUAGCAUGCAGUUUACAAACAUGAAAUGCGCGGUGAAGCUUUCUGCACAGAUGGAUACAUACAUGUAUAUUGCUAUUUAUUAUGCUCAAACUUAAUGACGUCACAGGUUAUUUAGCAAGUAUAUUGCUUAAAUUUGGCUUGAUAAAGUAAAAUACUAAGAUGCAAUCUGAAUAGCUUUUUGUUUAGUCAAGUAAACUGCUAAUUAAACUACUUGCAAAAUCAUUACUUUGAAUAUUUACCAACCUAGGACUGCCUAAGAUGGCUAUGAGAAGAUUUUCUAAUAGUUAUCGUGAUCAUGUACUUGUACAUGUGUACUAGUAUUUGUUUUCAUAGUAGUUGUGUAUUCAUCAAAAGGUAAAAGUUGACAAAUCAGUACUGCGGAUUAAAAGAGUCUAUAUGAAUAUGAUCUAACUUGACUUAGAUUCCUUAUAUAGUGUUAUCAUUUUUUUGUAUUAAGUUUUAUUCCACUUUUUAAUACAAAGUGUCUUUUAAUUUGUUCAAUUGAAUUUAAUGUUUUGGUGUAAAUGUCUAUUUGUAAAUGUUUUUUUGCCAAACUGGUAAAAUUCACUCCAUCUUGGGGGGGGGGGGGGAGAGGAAACGGUAUGAUUAGUCUUCAAACCCAGCAGAGAAUGUGUGCAUUUGUAUGGAAUAAUACCCCCCCCCUCCAUUUUUUGUGUGGUUUUAACUGGCUUCAUGAAUAAAGUGGAUAGCUGAAAGUCAAAAUGAAUGAUUUGAACAAAAACUAUGACCACUGAUGUUACAGGAGAUGCAAAUGAGGGGACUUUAAAUGACAAUACCAAUCACUGUUUCUUUGUGUUUUAUAUGAAAUGUGAAACAUUUUCCUUUUGUUCACAUGGUGAUGUAAACAAUUAUUUGAUACUUGAGUGAUCAUGUGUUAGUUGUGAUUCAGUCAAAAGCAGCCUCUUUGAGAUCUACAAAAAUGAAAAAUUUCUUUAUUCCAUAAUGAAAUUCAUGUAUGAUAUAUGAUUGGCUUUCUCAUUUGCACAUUAUAUCACCCGGGUUCUGCUUGGCUGUUUUGUGAAAAUUAAAACUAAAACUUUGAUGUGUCGUAAAUAUCUUAUUUACAUAUUAUUGUGAUGAAAUUUGCAGACACUUUUUUGAUUUUCUGUAUAAAAUAAAACUUGAUGGGAAGUCUUCAUCUUUCAACCCUUAUCAGUUCAAAUCAAAUCAUUCAAAUAUCCAUCCUUUAUUACUAAAAAUAAAAAUAAUGGAAAAACUGUUUUGCAUUUUAGUGUUCCAUCCUUCAUUCAGAACAGCACUACAAAGUGCUGUCAUUUUCUUCAUGUACAUGUAUAGAAUAUUGAAGGCAUCAAGCCCUAAAUCAUAAUGCAAUGUAUCCACUUUGAAUAUGAGUAUAGAGCUGUUGAUAUAUGGAUGUAUAUAAUGAAAUUAAAUUUUAGAAUAAAUUCUAAAGAUAGUCUAGUUAUUCUUGUAAAAAAAACAGGGAUGUAUUAUGUCAGGUAUUAAUUAAAAUGCCUUAAUGCCAA